UAUGAACUUUCUCCCUCAUCCCACCUCCCUCUCGGCCGCCUCGUCUUCUCCGCCUCCGCCUCCACCACAACCGAUGGCUCCACGCCGGCUGUGAAUAGUGCGAGCGAGCGGGGCGAUAGGAAAAGAAGAGCGAGCCCUUCCCCCUCCCCCCUCCCUCAAGAACCCUAGCCGCUGCCUCCUCCUCCCGCCUCAGCCGCCUCCUCCCUCCCCUCCACCCCUCCCGCAUCUCGUCCGCCCAGAGUGCGGGGGCGAGCUUCUCGACGACGGUGGCGCUGGCUCGAGGCCGGGGAGCGGCCGAUGCGGCCCUCCUUCUCGACGACGGUGGCGCUGGCUCGAGGCCGGGGAGCGGCCGAUGCGGCCCUCCUUCUCCGCCAUCACCGAUUCUCCUGGCUGUUGUGAUGGCAGCGCGGCGGAGCUCGUCGUCGACCGGCGGGCGGCACCAGGCGGCGGCGCGACCAUUAGCAUCGGCACCAGCGCACGAGGUCAUGGGGCGUGAGGAGAGGGAGGGGAUAGAUGCAUGGGGAGUAGGAGCCCGUGGUCAUGGCGGCGCAACGGAGGUCGUGGCCGGGCCCUUGUCCCAACCUCAAGCCAUUGGGGAGGUGAAGAUGGUGAUGGCGGCAGGAGAAGCGCGCGGAGCAGCAGAAACAUCGUCCCUCCUUGCCUUGUUCUUUUAUCUCUUCCUAAUAGUUUGUUGGUCGAAUUUAUAGGAUUCUUAAUCGACAGAUCAGGAAUCACCUCCCCAUUCAGCUAAGUUGCAUGUCUUUUGCUUAUAUUUUGUCCUUUCUUGUACUUGCAUCUCAUGCUGUGUGGAUUUCCUAUGGCUCAAGUUUGUUGCUGCGCUCAGGUUUCAGCAAUUGCUGCACCUGCAAAUUUGGGGUUGAGUGUACAGUUUACUUUCAGUCAAAAGCUAUGCUAUUUUCAGCACAAGAUAUUAUAUGUGGUCUUUGACAGAUUUGAUUGAUUUUGGAUGAUGUACAUGAAUGACAGUGGACAGACAAGGAUCGAGGGAAUGUAGAAGCGGCUUCGUCAGCGUGUGUCGAGAUUCUUAGCGAGCAGUUUCUUGGACAAGGAUUGAAAAAUUUAAGUAUGUACUUAUUCCUGUGUGCAGAUUACCAUGAAUAAGACAACUGAAGAUUUGACCUGCUCGACAAAGUCCAAUGAAAGAAGUAUAAUGUAUCAUUGAUUAUAGCUAAAGAUGGACAAGGAUUGAGGGAAUGUAGAAGCGGCUUUGUCAUCGUGUGUCGAGGUUCUUAGCAAGCAGUUCCUCUGAGAUGGUUUCAGGUGCCAGCGUGCCCCCUCGGCCCAUCCGGGUCGGCCGCCCCGGUGUCGAACAGGGCGCCGCCGCCGCGGGGGGCUCUGUUGCUGCCGCUGCCGCUGCCGGUGCUCUGGCGCCGGUCGGCCUUCCUCGGGAUGCGGCCGCCGUAGGAGGUGCCGAGGAGGCCCCAGCCAUCCUCGUCGGAGAGAUGCCAGCCGAAGCGCUCGGCCAUCUCCUGGAGGACGCGCCCGGCGCGCCGGCGCCCGCGGCGGCCCCGAGCGGGCGGAGGAGGGGGAUCCUGGCGAGAUCCUGACCCCGGCCGACCUCGGCCGCUCGCGCCCCGCCGUGUUCGGCCGCGCCCGGCCUCCUCUUCCACGCCCUGUGGCUUGCUCUGCGCGCGCACGCGCCACGCCCGCUGCCGCGCGCUCCCGCCAGCGUGCCGACGUGGACUCGCCGCAGCAGCAGCCGUUCCCGUCCGCCGGUGGCAAGCGGCUGGGGAAGGAGGAGGCCGGCGACGAGGAGGAGAAGGAGGCGGAGGACCCGAUUGCUUUUUUGAAGAAAAACUAGAGAUCCGAUUGCAUUUUUAGCCCGUUAUGUGUGGGGUCGGGCAGUCAGAUUCGCGUUUAACCCAAGCAAAGCGAGCAGUUUUCGCACUUGGUAGUUUUUUGUCACGGAUUAAUAAAAAAGUGGUAGUUUUCGGGACAAUAUCGUAAAGUGGUAGUUUUCUGUCACGUUUCCGCGAAUUGUGGUAGUUUUUGGUUAAAUACUCCCUUUUAUAGUUACCGCUUGGAUAGGAUACAUGGAGUUCAUAUUCUAUCAGAUUUUAUCCCUGAGUAAUUUGGUCCUAAAGAUGUCAGGUUUAAGAAUGUGCCACUUUAAUGUCUGUUGUGCGGCCUCGGUUACACAUAAUUUGUUCCUAAAGAUGUCAUUUCAGAAUGUGCCACUUUAAUGUCUGUUGUGCGGCCUCUGUUACACAUAAUUCCACUUUUGUCCUUAUGUCUUCGAUUUUGCUUUCAGAGGUUCUUAGUGCUAGAAAUAUUAUUGUUCCGGAUUUUAGCUGUACUACUCAUGCCACUCUUUUUUUCUUGCUUUGUAGCUGAAGGAUUAGUGAGACUGUUUGGGCUGAAUUCUGAUUUUGUAGCACUUAUUCCAUGUGAGGCAGGUAGCAUAUUGAUAUCGUCCAGAAAUAAUAGUGUCAUCUCAACUUCUAAAUAAGAAUCUAGCAGAUGUGCCUACUGGUUUAUGAUGGCACCAUAAAUAAUAGUGACAUCUGUUUUGUAUCUUGCUUGUAGUGUCCAGAUUUCCAAUUUUGUUGCUAUAUCUUUGGCGGUGAGUUGAUAUCGAUUUAUUAGUUCUAGAGACAAAAGAAAUUUGAAAGCGUGAAUUUUAUCUAAUCCAUGUUGUGCUUCCAACUUUGAAGACUGGAGAAGAUGUAAUUCUGUUUGAUCUCUCUUUCAUUAAUCCGUUAGGAAAUAUAUAUGAUGUAGGAGAGUUACACUAUCAAAUGUUUGGAAUACUUCUUCCAUGUUGAGAUGGGAUGCAUAUAGUUAAUGACAUGCUUUUGAGUUCAUAUAGACAAUUCAUCAUAGAAAAUGCACCGCACUGUAUUUUCUUUAUAUAUGAAUUUAGAAUACAUCAUUACUAUUUUAUCGAUCAUUCUUACUGGUUUCUAAUCAUGAUAUUUGGCAUUCUCUUGCACAAGGAUAUUGUGGUAUGGUAGUUCUUAUUUUUUGUGAACCGAUUCUAUCGUGCUUCUACUUCUAUGUGUUUGUUGAUGAUUGAACGGAGGUUAGAUUAGAUUAUUGCCAUGGUAGUUCUCAUCUUCUUUAUCUGAAGUAGUAAGUUUGUUUGAUGUUUUCUAGCUUUCCUUCGAUUAUGAAAAUUCCCAGAGAAUGUCCCAUUGUCACUUCAAGGAGUAGCAGCUGAUAUUGGUGCUUCCACCUCUGCGUCAUGCCCGGGCCGAACUGCCACACCCCCUGUGUCAGCUAAGGUAUUCUGGUUUCUUGAGAUGGUUUGACUAUUUGAGUUUCCAUUGGUUACAGAUCAAAUGUGGAGUCCACUUCUUUCCUUGGUUCAGAUCAAAUGUGGAGAUGAUGUUUUUUGUUCCGCUAUGACUAUUAUUUUCACCUUGGUGACAGUCUCACAAAUCCUCUUUCCUUUCUUUUGUUGAUGUCUUGCCUCCUGUGUACUGAUAGAGGCAUAUAACAGAUGCAUGUCUCGGAUUAGAGAACUAUGAUUGUCCAUCUAUUUUAUAUUUUUCAUUUACCUCUUACGAGUAGUUUCCCUAAGUAGAAAAAAUGCAUUUUUCAGCCAUAUUGCUUUAUUAUCCUUUUUUGUGGGAACAAUACGAAGCCACACUAUGGUGUGCUCUGUUCCCAAUUUUACAAACUGGCAAGUUGCUGCUUGAUUUUGUUUCUUUCAGAUUUUUGUGUGCCUUUCUCCGUUAGAAUGUUUCUCCUCAACGACCAUAUCGAUAUGGCUGGCGUUUGCAACUGUGAUUUUGGUUGAACUGUGCAUGAUCAUCCCUCUAUUCAAAUUGUUGCUUCUCAAGGAUAUUUGCAAGAGAAAAUUGCUUCUAUACCAUCGACAACCUCAGCAAUGGCUCAUUUGCCAUCCAACAAAGCUCCGGUGCUUAUAUACCAGACACGAACAAAUUCUAUUGCUUUUUUGCCAUUGCCGUUAGUCUGCCGUUAGAUAGUGUCCGUUUUCCUUGUUAGACUUCCCACAAAUUCCAAAUUUACCCUUAGUUUAGAAAAAACAACAACUCACGCACGCACCCGACCCUCCCCAUCCCACGACUCCACGCACCCCCCGACCAUCCCCAAUCCGCACGUGCAACGCAACGCCGGCCUCCAGCGAGCCGCAAUGGAGGAACCCCCGUCGGCGCCACCACAACCCCCACCGCCACUCCCCCACCCCCCUUCGGUGCCGCAUCAUGGUGGAAUCGUCGCUGGCGCUUCCCCAGGUCUCUCGCCCACCGCAUCUCUGAUGCUAUCUAGGCGGCGCUUCAUGGCGAAACCGCCGCCAGCGCUUCCCCAGCCCUUGUCGCACGGCCCCAUCGCCGCCGCGCCUGUACCACCGCGUCUCACCACGUCUUCGACGGCCAACACAUGGGGCCCAGCAGCACCAACCUCUCCGAGUGGCCAUGUUGCCCAGAACCCUAGCAUUGGGGAUUCUGGCGAGGUGGAGAGUGGGGCAGUGGCACCGACGGCCGAGGCCCUCCCCAAGAUCAACUCCUUUGUGGGCGCACUUGCAGCAGCCCAUCUGCCCCAGAAUUCCAUGCUCGACGAGGAGGACGGCAUAGCUGAUGAAUGUGGCUCGACCUCUCUCUCUGCUAUUUGCGCUAGGAUGAUCCAGUCUUGUAGCUAUACAGUAGAGGUGAAGGUUUGUGGCAGUGGAACCAAGAUCACUGGGGAUUCGAUAUUUAGUUGGCAGAUUAUUGAGGGUAGUAGGACAAGUAUGAAGGAUUUGCUGGCUUGUAUUGCCGGAAAUUUUGCUUUAUGCUGAGAGGAUAAUAUAUUUCUUGAGUACUUUGAUUCCAUUAGUGGCAAAAAUAUCUUUGUGUCAAAUGAUGAAGAAUGCAUGAAAAUGUUUGCCUGUUUUGAUCAGAAUAGAAGUGGCCAUUUGAUAAUCAAAUAUUCCGAGAGAAGUGAUAAUGUUGAUGUUCCAUGUACUCCUUCGAACCAAACACCAUCUAUAGCACUGCCUAGUCAACCAAGUAGGGUCAUUGAUGAAGCUAGUGUAUGCCUAACAGAUACAUAUCUUGACAAUCCGCAUGAAGAAUAUGAACAUGUUGGUGUAGAUGAGGAGGACCAGUACUCAAUUGGCAGUGUUGGUUCCGAUAGUGAUGAUGAGGUCAAAGAAAAAGAUAUACCAAAUAAUGAUUAUGUUGAGGAUAGCAGUGAUGAUGAGGAAUGGGUUGCAGAAGAUGCUAGACCGGAUGCUAUUCCAGAAAAUGCUUAUGACAAAGAAAACCCGCCAAUGCAUGUUGGCGCAAAGUACCCCAACAUUGAAGAGUUUAGGUUGGCAAUUGCUACAUAUGCUGUAAAGAAAGAGUUCGAAUUCAAGGUUGAAAAAAGUGAACCUACUCGAUUCAGGGCUUAUUGUCGCCGGGCAAAGAAGACGGAUUGUAAAUGGAGAAUUCAUGUUGGGAGGUUGGAUGACCAAGAAACUAUGGAUGUCAAAGUUCAUGUGCAGGAGCACACUUGUUCUAGCGCAAAGAAGAAAAAGAAGCAGAAAAAUGCUUCAAAGGCAUGGGUGUGUGAGAAAGUCAUGGACUGGGUAAAAGAAGAUCCUAGUGUUCGGCCGAUGGAGUUACGGAGGAGGCUACAUGACAAGUACAAGAUCAACGUCCAAUACAUGAAAGUAUUCCGUGGCAAAGGGCUAGCAGUGGCUAAGUUGUUUGGUAACUGGGAUGAUUCUUUUGACAAGCUAUAUGCUUGGAAAGCUGAGGUUGAGAAGAGGUCUCCUGGAAGCAUAGUUGCGAUUGACCACAUGGAGUAUGAUCAGAAAAAAUAUUUCAUACGGAUGUUUGUUGGGCUGAAGCCUUUGUGCGAUGGAUUCUUGGCUGGCUGCAGACCUUACUUGGCGAUAGAUAGCACUCAUUUGACAGGCAAGUACAGAGGCCAAUUAGCUACUGCUUGUGCCGUUGAUGGGCAUAAUUGGUUGUAUCCUGUAGUCUAUGGAGUUAUUGACUCAGAAACUACUGAAAGUUGGGUGUGGUUUUUGGAGAAGCUUCGUGAUGCUAUUGGCUCUCCCCCUGGUCUAGCUAUAUGUUCAGAUGCGGGAAAAGGGAUUGACACUGCAAUCGAACAGGUCUUUGGGUAUGCUGAACAUAGAGAAUGCAUGCGACAUUUGAUUGUGAACUUCAAGAAAAAGUUUCAUGGUAAAGUUUUUGAUGAUCAUUUGUGGCCGGCUGCUUAUUCAUGGACUCCUCGAGGGUUUGACUAUCACAUGGCAGCCAUAGAGGAGAAAAAGGCUGCUGCAAUAGCAUAUUUAAACAAGUACCACAGCAGGCUAUGGUCAAGGAGCAAAUAUUCAACCUCCUCAAAAGUGGAUUAUGUGACAAAUAAUUUGGCCGAGUGUUUCAACAACUAGAUCUGCAAGCACAAAGGUCUCAUGUUGUUUCAGCUCAUGGACAAGAUCAGGAGAAAGAUUACUGUCAAGUUUGAGAAGAGGAGAAGGGUAGCUAGAAAAUUUCAAGGUCGACGUAUACUUCCAAGUGUCAUGAAGGAGUUGAAUGACAUAAGCAGGGGGCUGGACAUUGAAUAUGAGAGAAUAGAUGACAUGAUUGCAGAGGUGAGUGAGAGUGUUGCACUAGGUGGCAAGUGCCACGUCACUGAUCUAGCAAAUAGGACAUGCACAUGCAGGGCAUUUCAAGUCUCUGGGAAGCCUUGCAAACAUGCAAUUAGCUUUAUUACUGGAAUUAGGGGGGGUCACAAUAGAAGACUUCGUUGAUGAUUGUUACAGCGUUGCCAAGUUCGUUGCAGCUUAUGCUCCUAUUCUUCCUGGCCUAACUGACAUGUCUCAAUGGCCUAGUGUGAACAAAGAAUUCUUCUUGAAUCCCCCAAUCCUUAGGAGGGCCCCUGGAGGCCAAAGGUGCAGAGGCACAAAAGUGGUGCUGAGAAUAGCAAGGGAAAGGGAAAGAAAGGCCAUCACCAGUGUUCAAUUUGCAAAGCUUAUGGACAUAGAUGGCAAAGCUGCAAAGAUGCUGCUCCUGAAGCACUAGAAGCCUAUGCAGAAGUAGCAAAGCAAAAAAGGGACAAAAGAAAGAAAAAACCCAUUACAAAAGCUAUUUGUACAACAUCAGAUCAAGCAACUGAUGGUACACUACCUCUGCUUCCAUGUCCAAGAGAAAAUGAAACUGCACUAGCUCUACUUUCAUGUUCAAGUGAUGCAAUUGAAGACGAUGUUGCCAAGUCGACAUCAUCGAAGACUACUAAAUCUAGAAGAUCAAAGGUCAUAUCUGCUGCGCCUGACAGCCCCGCAAUGGGCACUCAAAGCAAGAAGAGAGCUGCACCUAACAGCCAAGCAAUGGCCAGUCGAAGCAAAAAAAAGUUGAAACUGUGAAAUUCUCUAAAAUCUCGCAUAUUAUUUAUGUAUUGCACCUCCUCAUUUGCAUGCUAUUUUAUUUAGAGACUUGCUUGUGUGAACAACAUAUUUUGGUUGUGGUAUUUUGGUUCUGGAUGAUGUUAACUUGGUACUGAUUGUGUAAGAUUUAAUAUGUUGCUUGCUGAAUCUCUUCUAAAUGGUGUGGAUUUUCUUGAGUAUUACUCUGUUGCUCGAAAUAUUUGUAUGCUGGAAUUGUUAGAUAGUCACUAUAUAUUUGCUGGAAUGUUGAAAAUAGAGGGGGACUGCUGUCAAAAUUUUUUUGGACAUGUUUCACAGUUUGCUUAUUUGCCAUUGAGGGCAGAAUAAUCAUUUUGGCCACUUACCGGUGUGAGAUAACGCUAGACUAACUACUAGUGGUAUAUAAGCAAUAGAAUUUGUUCGUGUCUGGUAUAUAAGCACUGGAGCUUUGUUGGAUGGCAAAUCAACCAUUGUUGAGAUUGUCGAUGGUAUAGAAGCA